AUGAAAUCCUGCCAGAGCCUCAAGGAGGAAGUUUCCAUCCCCGGCCUUGGCGGGAUGUCGCAGGACGAGGGGCGCAGGACUCUGGUGCCCCAGUCUUAUUUUCACUCCCCCAACCCAGACCUGGAUCUGCAGGGAAAGGUUUUUAAAAGGGAGCUGGGUGGCAAGCCUUACUCUGUUUUAGUGGACAAUAAAAUGGCGGCAAAGGCGGCCAUCGGAGAUCAGAGCGCGGGGCUGUUGCCCUCUCAGCACGCGGCUCCGCAGCAGCAUCAGCAGUACUUCAGAGAGGGGGAGGGCGGGCAGGCGGUGGGCACGCCAGGACCCCAGGCCGGCCGCGAGGGCUCCUCCGAUGAGACCGAGGACGAGGAGGAAGAAGGGGAAGACUGCGAAGAAGGCUACAAGCGGGAGCAGAUCAUCGUGGAAGUUAACCUGAACAACCAGACGCUCCACGUGUCCAAAGGGGACAACAAGGGGGGCGCCGCGCCCGACGACUCGGAGAGACCCGUGAGCGACGAGGACGACGAUGAAGAUGAGGAGGAGGAAGACGACGAGGACGACGAGGAUGAGGACAGUCCCGAGGAGGAAGAGGAGGACGAUGAAAAGGUAGAAGAGAUUGAGAGUCAGAGAGCGCGGGCGAAAAGAAGCCGCAAAGGGGCCGGCGGCGGUGGCGGCGUGCCGGCGGCGGCCAGCCAGCCGCAGCGGAAAAGCCUCCGGACGGCCUUGAGCACGCCCGGCGCCGGGAUGACCACCAGGGGACGGCGGAAGCGCCUGGAGCCCGCCAAGAGCAAGCGCCGGUCGGCCAGGUCGGCCCCCUCCGCCGGCGGGGCGGCGGGGGGGAAGGCCGAGAUGGAGGAGAAGGAGAUGCUGGCGUGCGAAAAGUGCCCGAGAGUGUUCAACACGCGCUGGUACCUGGAAAAGCACAUGAACGUCACGCACAGGCGGAUGCAGAUCUGCGACAAGUGCGGCAAGAAGUUUGUCCUGGAGAGCGAGCUGGCGCUGCAUCAGCAGACGGACUGCGAGAAGAACAUCCAGUGCGUCUCCUGCAAUAAGUCCUUUAAGAAGCUUUGGUCUCUGCAUGAGCACAUUAAGAUCGUGCACGGCUAUGCGGAGAAGAAGUUUUCCUGUGAAAUUUGUGAGAAGAAGUUCUACACAAUGGCGCAUGUCCGUAAGCACAUGGUUGCUCACACUAAGGACAUGCCAUUCACCUGCGAGACCUGCGGGAAGUCAUUUAAGCGCAGCAUGUCCUUAAAAGUUCACUCGCUCCAGCACUCUGGGGAGAAGCCCUUCCGUUGUGAGAACUGCGAUGAACGGUUCCAGUACAAGUACCAGCUUCGCUCCCACAUGAGCAUUCACAUCGGACACAAGCAGUUCAUGUGCCAGUGGUGUGGCAAAGACUUCAACAUGAAACAAUAUUUCGAUGAGCACAUGAAGACGCACACAGGGGAGAAACCCUUCAUCUGUGAGAUAUGCGGGAAGAGCUUCACCAGCCGGCCCAACAUGAAGCGGCACCGCCGCACCCACACGGGCGAGAAGCCCUACCCCUGCGAGGUGUGCGGCCAGCGCUUCCGCUUCUCCAACAUGCUCAAAGCGCACAAGGAGAAGUGCUUCCGGGUCACCAGCCCGGUGGUCCUCCACACCAGCGGCCCCCCCGUGCCUGUGCGCAUCUACGCCAAUGCCUUCUCCUCCUCCGCCUCAUCCACGUCCUCCAGUUCCGGUCCCGGACCCUCAAGUGCCACCCCGGCCACCACCUCGGCGUCUCUGGGCCUCGCCCCCACCGGGGGCUCCAUUCCGCCGCCGGGCCCGGUCGGACACACCUUCUCCCACGUGCAGCUUCACGCCACGGCCGCCCACCAUCAUUCCCACCCCUCGGCGGCCCAGCAGCACCUCUCGAACGCACCUCAGCCAGCGCCGGCUCACCCCCACCACCACCUGGCCGUGCCCCCCGUCUCCCACCUCCCCCCUCCGCCGGCUCUUUUCAAGAGCGAGCCCCUGAACCACUGCGGGCACGAAGACGGCGGCUACCUGCACCACAUGGCCCCCCACGACAAAGGCCCCGGAGCCCCUCAGCACCACUGA